AUGGAGAGAACAUUUAUAAUGAUCAAGCCUGAUGGUGUGAAGCGUAGGCUUAUUUCAAGUGUGAUUGAGCGCUUUGAGAAGAAGGGACUGUAUCUAGUUGCCUGCAAGUGUAUGAUUCCUAGUAGAGAGAUCUUAACUGAGCAUUAUGCACACCUAUCCAAAAAGCCAUUCUUUGAAGACAUGGUGAAUGGAAUGAUGUCUGGAAUGGUUUUUGCAAUGGUAUGGAGUGGAGACAACGCAGUCUCUAUUGGAAGGAGUAUACUUGGAGAGACAAAUCCAUUGAGUGCACCGAUGGGAACCAUUCGGGGAGAUUAUGGAAUCAGCAUUGAGAAGAAUAUUGUUCAUGGGUCUGACUCUGUUGAGAAUGCAGAGAAGGAAAUUAAGCUUUGGAUUGGAACGAAUGUCCAGGAUGUUAUUCCUUUUGACAAGGAGUGGAUUUAUUAA